UGGAUAGGAUAUUAAAGUUAUAGUAUGUACUAGUCACGUUUAAAAGUUUUAUACAUGGUUUAAUGACCAGCAUGCUUUCCUUGCAUUUUAUUCAUUAUCGUUUUGAAUUGUAUUUCAAGAACUGGGUCAGGUUUUAAAUAAAUAAUUAAUGUUCCAAACGCUCUAGCGUAUUACAACUUAGGUGGUCGGGCCUGACCAAAUCAGGACGUUUAAUGGCGGGCUUAAGUAGGUACACAAACAGAUUUGACCGAGUGACGUCAGUGACGUGAGUUUGAACAAGUACAAGUCGUGUCAAUGUAAAUGUUUGUUUGUAUCGCGCAAGUAUGAAGUUACAUUCAAAUUGGCUAUCUCAUAGUGAUAAGAUAAGUAUAGAAAGAAUAAAAAAUUGACUGUCGUACCAUAUGAGAGGUAGCAACUAGAUAGUUAAAAAUACUUUACUAAUUUGUUCUUAAAACUUAUUUAAGUAAAAAUGUUAUUUCCAAAGUUGUUAAGAUACAAUUUAAUAUUAAAGAAUAAGUCAAUCCGUUUAUUAGCGACUAACACGCAACAGCAAACAGAGAAUGUAAGCCCCGUAGUGUAUGAGAAGUUGUUGGGAACCGACCGGGGUAUCGCUUUGUAUGGAUUACAUAGUCCCAAAAAUCGCAAUGCAUUGAGUUUCAACAUGAUCGAAGCUAUGAGAGAAGUCAACCAAUUGAUCAGAGAGGACACUAAAAUAUCAGUAGUUAUACUUCACAGCAUGGUACCUGGAAUAUUCUGCGCUGGUGCCGAUUUGAAAGAGCGAUUCAAAAUGUCUGAUGAUGAAGUUGCCAAGUUCGUCAAGGGACUCCGAGCAACAUUUAUAGAAAUUGAAGAUUUGCCCAUGCCAACAAUCGCGGCUAUAGAAGGUGUAGCAGUGGGAGGUGGCUUGGAGCUGGCCUUAGCAUGUGACAUCAGAGUUGUGGCUGAAACAGCCAAGCUGGGACUCGUUGAGACCGGUCGGGGCCUUAUCCCUGGGGCCGGGGGUACUCAAAGAUUGCCCCGAGCUGUCAACAUCAAUAUUGCCAAAGAACUUAUUUACACUUCAAGAGUAGUCACUGGCAAGGAAGCAAAGGAAUUAGGCGUUGUCAAUCAUGUAGUACCACAGAACACCUCAAACAAUGCAGCCCUAGAAAAGGCUUUAUCUUUAGGAAGGGAGAUAAUGCACAAUGCACCAAUUGCUCUCCGUUGUGCCAAACAAGCAAUCAAUGAAGGAAUACAACUCAGUAUCAAGGAUGGUUAUGAAGUCGAGCAAAAAUGUUAUGAGAUAAACAUACCCACAAAAGAUCGCCAGGAGGGUAUGAUAUCUUUUAUGGAAAAGAGAAAACCCAUUUACGAGGGUCAUUAGAAUAUUCAUAUUCAGUCAUUGGGGAAAUCUAGGAGCUGGUACAUGGUAUAAUAACGUGUUGUUGGUAAUAGGAUAGGUAAGGUAACGGAUAUUGCCAAUUUAUUCGCAUUAUAUAUAACUACCAAACUAAUUGUUAAAUAAAGAAUGUAACUAGUGAUAAAAAUAUUGCUGCCUCGUUGUGUAGUGUUCCAUGCACAGGAACAAAGAACUCUGGUAUACUAUUUAAUAAUAUUUCAACGACAUAUUUGAUGCGAUCAAUUGUCACGAUUUUCAUCAGAUCGAUCGUAAACACAAAUCGUACCGUAUAUGGGGGCCCUUCACAAUCGACUAAAGAAUUAUAAGUGGAUGAGCGACGACGGCAGCUGAUUAUAAAAUAAUAAAUCAAGAAACCUGUUAAUAUGUACCUAUAUAUUAUUACACAUGAAUUUAUUAUAAUUAAUGUUGUGUAAAUCAGAGUACAUAAAGUUAAAUAUUUAAUUAAUAUCAUAUCAAUAGAUGGACUUAUUAACUAUGCAUAAUAAUACAUUUAUUUUUGUAAUCUUAUAAAAAUAUAUUUUUGUUACAAGUA